AUGGCGACCGCAGCGUCUAACCACUACAGCCUGCUCACCUCCAGCGCCUCCAUCGUGCACACCGAGCCGCCGGGCGGCAUGCAGCAGGGCGCGGGGGGCUACCGCGAGGCGCAGAGCCUGGUGCAGGGCGACUACGGCGCGCUGCAGAGCAACGGGCACCCGCUCAGCCACGCUCACCAGUGGAUCACCGCGCUGUCCCACGGCGGCGGCGGCGGGGGCGGUGGCGGCGGCGGCGGGGGCGGGGGUGGCGGCGGGGGCGGCGGCGACGGCUCCCCCUGGUCCACCAGCCCCCUGGGCCAGCCGGACAUCAAGCCCUCGGUGGUGGUACAGCAGGGCGGCCGAGGCGACGAGCUGCACGGGCCGGGCACCCUGCAGCAGCAGCAGCAGCAACAACAACAACAGCAGCAGCAGCAGCAGCAACAGCAGCAGCAGCGGCCACCGCAUCUGGUGCACCACGCCGCCAACCACCACCCGGGGCCCGGGGCAUGGCGGAGCGCAGCGGCUGCGGCGCACCUCCCGCCCUCCAUGGGAGCGUCCAACGGCGGCUUGCUCUACUCGCAGCCCAGCUUCACCGUGAACGGCAUGCUGGGCGCCGGCGGGCAGCCGGCGGGGCUGCACCACCACGGCCUGCGGGACGCGCACGACGAACCGCACCACGCGGACCACCACCCGCACCCGCACUCGCACGCGCACCAGCAGCCACCGCCCCCGCCGCCCCCGCAGGGCCCUCCCGGCCACCCGGGCGCGCACCACGACCCGCACUCGGAUGAGGACACGCCGACCUCGGAUGACCUGGAGCAGUUCGCCAAGCAGUUCAAGCAGCGGCGGAUCAAACUGGGAUUUACCCAAGCGGACGUGGGGCUGGCGCUGGGCACCCUGUACGGCAACGUGUUCUCGCAGACCACCAUCUGCAGGUUUGAGGCCCUGCAGCUGAGCUUCAAGAACAUGUGCAAGCUGAAGCCUUUGUUGAACAAGUGGUUGGAGGAGGCGGACUCGUCCUCGGGCAGCCCCACGAGCAUAGACAAGAUCGCAGCGCAGGGGCGCAAGAGGAAAAAGCGGACCUCCAUCGAGGUGAGCGUCAAGGGGGCUCUGGAGAGCCAUUUCCUCAAAUGCCCCAAGCCCUCGGCCCAGGAGAUCACCUCCCUCGCGGACAGCUUACAGCUGGAGAAGGAGGUGGUGAGAGUUUGGUUUUGUAACAGGAGACAGAAAGAGAAAAGGAUGACCCCUCCCGGAGGGACUCUGCCGGGCGCCGAGGAUGUGUACGGGGGGAGUAGGGACACGCCACCACACCAUGGGGUGCAGACACCCGUCCAGUGA